AUGGAGGAGACGAGCCGUGAGGCGGUUGCCACAGCAGUCCAGCGUGUGGCUGGAAUGCUGCAGAGAUCGGACCAGUUGGACAAAGUGGAGCAGUACAGAAGAAGAGAGGCCAGAAAGAAAGCCUCUGUUGAAGCAAGGCUUAAGGCAGCCAUUCAGUCUCAACUGGAUGGUGUUCGCACUGGACUAACUCAGCUGCACAGUGCCCUGCUCGACGUGAAGGACAUCCAGAGCUCGUUGGCAGAUGUGAGCAAAGACUGGAGGCAGAGCAUCAACACAAUAGAGAACCUAAAAGAUGUCAAAGAUGCUGUAGUUCAACAUAGUCAGCUGGCCUCCGCUGUGGAAAACCUUAAAAAUAUUUUCUCAGUCCCAGAGAUUGUGGCAGAGACCCAGCAGCUGAUAGAGCAGGCAGAGCUGCUUCAGGCCCACAGGAAGCUGAUGGAGCUGGAGAGCUCCAGAGACGACCUCAUGUAUGAGCAAUACCGUAUGGACAGCAAGAACACCAAUGACAUGCGUCUUAUUGUUAUGUACUUUGAAGAUGUUCAGCAGUUAUCUGAUGAGCUUGCCAAACAGUUGUGGAUGGUUCUGCAGAGGGCCAUGGUUACAGUCCGCCGUGACCCUACUAUGCUGGUGUCAGUGGUUCGUAUCAUUGAGCGUGAGGAGAAGAUCGACCGGCGUAUGGUAGACCGGAAAAAACAGACAGGCUUCAUCCCGCCUGGACGGCCCAAGAAAUGGAAAGACAAAAUGUUUGAAGUGUUGGAGGGGACUGUUAGCACCCGCAUUGAGGGCACUCAGGCAGUGACAAGAGAAGCUGAUAAAAUGUGGCUUGUUCGUCUCCUGGAGAUAACUAGAAAAUAUGUUUUAGAUGACCUCAUUAUUGUCAAGAACCUCAUGGUUCAGUGCUUUCCGCCACAUUAUGACACCUUCAACAGAUUUUUCAGCCUUUACCACAAUGCUGUUUCCACUCGUGUCAAAGAACUUGCAUCUGAGGACUUAGAGGCAAAUGAGAUCGUGUCCAUGUUAACCUGGGUCCUUAAUACCUACAAGAGUGCAGAGAUGAUGGGCCAUCCAGAGCUUAGUGCUGAGUGUGACAUCAACCAGCUAGAGCCACUCUUACCCCAGUAUGUUGUGGAUGACCUGCUCAGCAAAUAUGUCCAGACUUUCACAUCUAAUAUUACGGGCUGGCUGAGAAAAGCCCUUGAAACAGACAAGAAGGACUGGCAGAAAGAAACGGAGCCUGAAGCAGAUCAGGAUGGAUACUACCAAACCACACUACCUGCCAUUGUCUUUCAGAUGUUUGAACAGAACCUGCAAGUAGCUGCUCAGAUCGAUGAGGACUUCAAAGAGCAGGUUCUCAAACUUUGUCUGAAGCAAAUGUCCUCAUUCCUCAUGAGAUACAAAGAAGAGGCAGUGGCCUAUAAGGAGGAACACCUGAGAGAUCGACAGUUGCCUCAGUGUUAUGUGCAAUACAUGAUUGCCAUCAUAAAUAACUGCCAGACAUUCAAAGAGUCCAUCAAUAGUCUAAAGAGAAAAUACUCUCAGUCGUCUGGGCCGUCUGACAGUGAUGCCAUCAUAGAGAGGACACUCAACGAGGUGGCCAAGGAGGGAUGUCAAUUCCUCUUAGAUGAAGUCUUCUUGGACCUUGAGCAUCACCUCAAUGAGCUUCUCACCAGAAAAUGGCUGACAGGCUCUCAUGCGGUGGACACAAUCUGUGUGACAGUGGAGGACUACUUUAAUGACUUUAACAAAAUAAAAAAACCCUUCAAUCAAGAAAUGACAAAUGAAGCCCUCCGAAGGGUUGUGGUCGACUACAUUAAGGCAGUGAUGCAAAAGAGGAUCACCUUCAGGAAUGCGGAUGAAAGGAGGGAAGGAGCUGAGAGAAUGAUCAAAGAGGCUGAACAGUUCAAGUUCCUUUUCAGGAAACUGGCUGCUGGAGAAGACACUGAUCGGCUCUGUGGCGCCAUCGUGGCUAUUGCUGAAGUGUUCAAGCUAACUGACCCGACAUUGCUCUUUCUUGAGGUCUCUACCUUGGUCUCCAAAUACCCUGACAUUAGGGAGGAGCAUAUCCAGGCGCUGUUAGCGGUGCGCGGCGAUGCCAGCAGGGAUAUGCGCCAGAUGAUUAUCGGAACUCUCAGCGAGAACAAAGUAUCUUACGGCGGCGUCACACAACCCAUCUUUAAAGACAUCACAGUGCCCACCAUCACCAUGACGACCAUGACUACAAUGACUUCUAUGGCAACUGCAAAGCUGCUGAAGUAA